AUGGCAGCCCGGCGAACAAGCUUAGGUCCAUCUGCAUUACCGGAAGACCAUGGCUCACCAGCCUCGCAGGACGAGGCGGCACGCUUGAGUCGGUCCGACACGUUAAAAUCCUCGACGGGCGAACAGCGCGAUUGGGCGUAUAGCCGGUCUCCACUCCAGAAGCUCGAGGUCGCCCUUGGUGGUAUCAGUAAGGAAGAGAAGAGAGCCCGCGCAUUGGAAGCCGAAAGGAAGUUGCGAGAACGGAUGGCUGCUGCGACUGCGAAAUCUGCGGUGACUCCAGAGCCAGAGCCCUCAAGAGUCGCCGCCAAAGCAGCUGUGCAACAACCUACAUACGAAAACGAAGUUCCCGCUCGGCGACCUUCACGGAAAGAGCCAAGGCAACAGGAAAACAGCGGGUAUGACAGGCAGGAUAACAUCAUUCCGCAGCAGAAAUCAGACGUCACGAGGCCGCAGACUGCACGCGCAAGAGCGCCGUCGCUCCAUGGCUCCGGGGCACGACCACUAUUGGAAAAUCAAGAUGCGAGCAACAAACCUCCGUCAAUAAGACCAGUAAACGGCGGCAGCACUGCUAGGCGUUCAGUGUCAAUCACGCACCAGCCGGAGAAGCCUCAGAUGUCCCCACACGAACCAAAUCAGGCACUACCACGAAGCAGCCUUGUUAUACCUCACCCUGAGAUGGCACGUCAGGAUCGCAGAGCCACUACAGCUCAAACUAGAUCACCGACGGCUAGCCAACCCUCCACCGACGCUCGGGUGAGGGUUCCUCUAUCUGGCAGCAGCCCGGAACAAGCCAGACAGAAUGGGCGGCCUGUUCCUUCGCCAGCUGCCAUUAUUCCGUCUGAUAAAAUACCUAGUCCCCACGAGAUACGAGAUAGUGCGGAGUCUAUAGUGCCGGAGAGCAAUGAGAACAUACAGCGCCCGCAGACCAAGUCCAAGCGUCAUACUGUUUCAUUCAAUGUACCACCCCCAACGCCCCCUCCGCUGUCUGAGUGGAAGACCGCACGCACUGUGAGACUCGGAGCCUCCGACUUUGAUUUACAGGCCUUGGAUGUGGACAGGAAUAAGGCUUGGUGGGAAUCCGGUACCCGAGAUCGCCGUCAGAGCAGGGCGCUGCCAAAGAAUUACCAGCAGCCAUCUGUCCAGAAGCCAAUGUCACACAAGCGCUUCCAACCCCUGAUAUUCUUGAAAUGCGGACCUUUGCUUCGGUAUACAGGUAUAAGGCGCGCGACAAUAAAUGGGCCAAACGGGCCAAUCGAUAAAGAGACUUGGAGAGGCACUAUCUUGAUCGUGACCAAGGACUCCAUCUCCUCGUACGAACCUGUGCCUACAUUGAGGCUGUUUUCUCAGCCGAUGGAUCUUCUUCCGCCGCCACCUGUCCAGGUCAAUAGUGAGAACGUACAGUUGCCACCAGAGUACAUUGACCCAACCGCCGGAUUGACGAAAUUGGGCCGAGAUGGCCGCCCCCUCUAUGUCAAACCCGUUGACCAUACGGAAGAGCAGCUCGACCUUUCUUCAGUGGAGAACGAUGACGGGAUUUACGAAAUGUCCCCGAGUGCCAUAGACUAUGGCCUCAAGCAGCCAGUACCUGCGAACAGGGUUCAUUCACUAGACGGAGAAACAGUUGGGAUGUAUAAAGAGAUUCCAGGCUUCCGCCUUUACGCUGACUCCGGGAGAGAUGUCACAUUUUGGAGAUUCAAUCUCGAGAUUGAACUGGGCAGGAAGCAACAACGCAUUGCGUAUCGUCUGAACCAAGGCCCCGCUAUCGGUUUCUGGGUGCCAGCCAAGGGACAGGCGAUGAACGUGAUGUACCAUUCCGGUAACGGCUUCACUCCUGGUGUUGAUUCGAACAAGUUUUGCGGCCCGGAUCCUCUGUGGCGAGACGUCCUUAACGAGCAUCAGACACGUCCAUUCCAUGUCAUGAUUGGUGGUGGGGACCAGGUAUUCAACGACAAAGUCACCGCGGAGUCAAUGUAUUUCCAGGAAUGGCUGAAGAUCAGAGACGCCAGCGAAAGAUACGAGACUCAGCUUAACCCCGAGUUCAAGAACGAAUUAGAAAAUGGGUACCUGGAAAACUACUGUAGAUGGUUCUCCCAAGGCCUUUACUCUCUCGCCAAUUCGCAAAUACCCAUGGUGAACAUAUGGAACGACCAUGAGAUCCUCGAAGGGUUUGGCUCGUACCCGGACGAGUUUAUGAGCUCGGCUGUAAUCUCAGGUCUCGGGAAUCUCGCAUUCAAGUACUAUAUGCUAUUCCAGCACCAUAGUGUGCCUGAAGAAACCGAGGCAGAUGAACCCAGCUGGAUUCUGGGCGCCGAGCCAGGGCCGUACAUCAAUCAGCGCAGCAGGCACUUGUUCAUGUCACUUGGCAACGGAAUAUCUUUCCUAGGACUUGACUGCAGGACCGAGCGGAUGUAUGACGAAAUUAUCAGUGAGCAUUCGUCCGAUCUUAUCUGGGACCGGUGUCACCGUGAGAUUGUCAAGGGCGAAACCAAGCAUCUGGUAGUGCUAUUGAGCAUCCCCAUUGCGUACCCUCGAGUGGCUAUGGUGAAGAAUAUUUUGAACAGCAGACAGUCACUCGGUAAAGCCGGGCUCUUCGGCGGACUAGUAAACCGACAUGGCGCCAAAGUUGAAAUCUUUGAUGAUCAUUGGACAGCAAAGCAGUUGAAGUCGGAAAGAAAGUACCUCAUAGAAGAUCUUCAAGAUCUUGCCGCCGAGAAAUCGAUUCGGGUGACUAUCCUUAGCGGUGAUGUCCAUCUAGCUGCAGUCGGGCAGUUUUAUUCGAAUCCCAACCUCAACAUCCCCAAGGAUAGGGACUACCGAUAUAUGCCCAACGUCAUCUCUUCCGGCAUUGCAGACGCCCCUGUGACUGAAAUGAUAUCCGAUACACUCAACCGACGAAACCAAGUGCAUCACAUGGACAGCAAUACUGACGAAGAGAUGAUCCCAUUUUUCACCCAUGAUGUCAAUAACAAACCGCGCAACAAUAAGCGCAUGCUACCGAGGAGGAACUGGUGUUCUCUCCGCUUAUAUGAGCCUGGUGCCACGCCACCGGAAACCCCAGAGUCCGAGGCUCCAGCUCCUUUCGAUGAGCCCCGCCCGAAAUUGCUACAACGAACAUUGUCGUUGGGCCGCGGAGAGAGGCCUCAAGGGCUCCUGCGACGACUCUCCAGCAAGGGUCGACCACCAACGAAGGAAUUCAACCUAGGCCGCCCUGCCCCCGAACGGCGCAUGAGCAUGGACGGGCCGUUCCCUCCAGCAGGAACAGGAGAUUCCUAUUUCCCGCCGCCGCCAGCAGAAUUUCGGCCCGGUCCAUUCCUCCGACGACCAACCAAUCUAAGCCAAAAGUCCUCCAAGAAAGCAGCCAAACGCGGAGACGACGGCGCAGGCACAUUCGUUAAUCUAGAAGGCGGGCUGGCCAUCACGUUGAACCUGGAACUCAACCCCAGGGACCCAUCGGGUAUCACGGUGCCGUAUAAAUUGCUCAUCCCGGCGCUCUGGUUCGAAGGCACCGAGGAUGAACCCCCCGCGGUGCCAGUGACCAAGGGCUGGCGGAAAUGGCUCGGUGUUCGGCGCAACGCCUCGAGCAAACCUUCUAUAAACGACGAUGAAGCAGAAGAAGAGUUCAGCGACGAGGAGGAGGAAAUGCACAAUACCCAUGCCCCUCCCCCAGCACCGCCCAGAGAAGGACACCCUCAACCUCACCCAGCGGCAGUUCCAGUGGUCCCUAGACCUGCACCGACUCCAGCACCUCCCAUGCGUCGACACUAUGAUGAGUACUAUGACGACGACGACGACGAUGACGAUGAUGAUGAUGAAGACGAGUCGGAGCUAUUCCUCUCGCCGGAGCCCGAACCUAGACCCAAUGUAAAGCGCAGCACCAGCAUUAAGAAGUGGUUUGGACGGCGUGAUAGGUGA